CAUCACAUCACGAACCGGGGAAUUUUCGGACUUCAUUUAUAGUCAAUUGAGACACAGCAGUCAAAGUUGAAGGACAAAAUCCAAAUUCUUUUCUUCUUCUCUGGUUUAUGCUUUAGCAAAAAGACUCGACCUUCUCUCUUCUCCAUUAACAAAACCAACAAAAUCAAGAGGAGAGCCUCAGCCUAGCCUUCUUUCUUUACAUCUCAUUCUCUCUAGUUCUCUUUUGCCCUCUCUCUUGUAUGGAAAAUAGAAGUGACAGGGGUUGACACUUGAUGCUGUGAAGCCAAAAAAAUGGAUGUGUUUUGCAGGUUUUUGCUUGUCUUUUCACUGUUUGUGUUUGUCGAAUCUACAUGCAACAGCACAGACCAAGAACUGGUCUCGAAGGCUUUUAGCUCUGUCUCUGGCUUCAACCUUUCCUGGUUUCAACAUUCUGGUCCUGCUUCAAGCUGUUCUCAUCCUUCUAUAACAGAAAUAAGACUUCCUUCAAGAAACUUGAGUGGAAGCAUUUCUUGGAAGUAUCUCAAGAACAUGUCUCAACUGCACAUAAUUGAUCUCUCCAGCAAUUCACUUCAGGGUCGGGUGCCAGCUUGGUUUUGGUCUAUAAAGAGCCUGCGUGAAGUCAAUCUGUCCAAGAAUGGGCUUGGAGGGAGCGUUGGGUCUGGGAUUAAUGGCUCAUCUAUAUCAAUGCUUAAAGUGCUCAAUCUCUCAACCAACAGGUUCACCAACUUGGUUAAACUCUCUGGUUUUGGGAAUCUAGAGGUUCUUGAUAUCUCUCACAAUGAUUUAGGUUCUUUGCCUUCCGGGUUAGCUAACUUGACCAAGCUAGAGUCUCUAAACAUCUCGAGCUGCGGCAUUUCAGGCAACAUAACAGUCAUUUCUGGUCUCCAAUCAUUGAAGUAUCUGGAUGUCUCCAACAACACCAUGAAUGGUAAAUUCCCUUCUGAUUUCCCUCCACUAGAUGGCCUUGAGUUCUUGAAUGUUUCACUAAACAACUUCUCAGGGCUUGUUGGCUAUGACAAGUACAACAAAUUUGGAAAAUCUGCUUUUAGUCAUGGUGGUAGUUUGAUUUUCAACACCUCAAAAACCCCAACUAAUCCCACCAUGAAGCCACAAUCCCAGCCUCACGAGGGAACCAUAAAAAAAUACCCACCAGUUUACUUACACGCCACAAAAGCAAGGCCCAAAUCAAAAACCAAAACUUUGAUCAUUAGUGUCUCAUCGACAUCAGCAUUCCUCUUUGUUUCUAUUGCUGUUUGCGCCUUCUGCAUGCACAGAAGGCGAAAGAUUGCAAAAAGAAACAAAUGGGCAAUCUCUAAACCAGUCCAAUUCACAUUCAAGAUGGACAAAUCAGGGCCGUUCAGCUUUGAAACGGAGUCAGGUUCAUCAUGGGUGGCAGACAUUAAGGAGCCAACAUCAGCACCAGUGAUCAUGUCAUCUAAGCCAUUGAUGAACUUCACUUUCAAGGACUUGAUUGCUGCCACCUCACAAUUUGGCAAGGACUCUCUCCUAGCAGAGGGCAGGUGCGGACCCCUCUAUAGGGCUGUCCUACCAGGAGACCUCCACGUGGCGAUCAAGGUUUUGGAGAAUGCAAGGGACCUUGAUCAUGGUGAUGCAGUUGCUAUUUUUGAAGAUUUUUCCAAACUGAAACACCCCAACCUCUUGCCACUAUGUGGGUACUGCAUCGCAGGUAAAGAGAAGCUCGUACUGCACGAAUUCAUGUUCAACGGAGAUCUCCACCGUUGGCUCCACGAGCUGCCCACACUCAAAACCAACUUGGAGGACUGGAGCGCCGACACGUGGGAGAAUCAAAACAUCCACGGGUCCCACGUUGCUUCUCCUGAAGAAAAAACUAACUGGCUCACGCGCCACCGAAUUGCCGUCGGGGUGGCUCGUGGUGUUGCCUAUCUCCACCACGCGGGAUCCAUUCAUGGCCACCUUGUCGCGUCCAACAUCCUCCUCUCUGAUUCCAUCGAACCCCGGGUUGCCGAUUUUGGACUUCGAAACGUCGGUCAAAAUAACAGAAGUGUCGGUUUGGAUAACAAGGAUUGUGGGUUUGAGUAUGACGUGUAUUGUUUCGGGGUUGUGUUGAUAGAGUUGAUGACGGGCGAACAAGGGAGUGGAGAGAAUGUGGAGUGGGUGAGGAGGCUAGUGAGAGAGGGUCGUGGUGGCGACGCGAUUGACUCGAGGCUGAGACUCGGCGGCGACUCAGCAAGCGAGAUGGUUGAGUGCCUCCGAGUUGGGUACCUCUGUACGGCUGAGCUGCCUGAGAAGAGGCCCACCAUGCAGCAAGUCUUGGGUUUGCUCAAAGACAUACAUCCGUGUUGAGUUGAGUCACCCGGGUCUGGUUGAAAUAUUACCUCACGCGCAUAGGAUAACUACGAGGCCAGCAUGCUGCAAUGGCGCGUUUUGAUUGGUUGAAUUGUGAGUGAUGCGCACGUGCUACGAAGCGAAACGGGGUCGGAUUUUAAGCUAAUUUGCAAGAGACCGUGUGCUGUUGGCCAUCUCUGAAGAUUUAUAGCUUUUUGUGUGAUUUAUUUAUUUUUGUCAUCUAUAGACAAAAACUUAAAGGAAAAGAAAAAGGUGUCAAAAGAAAAGUGAAAAGAAAAAAAAAAAGGAACAAAAGGAUGCGGAGGUAGGGUAAGAACGGAAGGUUUAGAGAGGCUAGAUAAUCCCACUUAGAGUGUUUUGUUUUUUAUUUAAAAAGCAUUUUUGCAAUUAUUUUUUUAUAAUUUUGGAUGGUUUGUUAAUUUCAAAAAUAAAUUUAAAAAAAUAAAAAAAUAUAUUAUUUUAAUAUAUUUAUAUAAAAAAACACUUUAAAAAAUAAUUAUUAUUACAAUUCCAAACAUUAUCCACCUCGGUGAUUGUAUAUUCUUGAAGAGUUACAGUCAGCAAACCUUCUUAAUCUCCUUUUCAAUUCUUGCUGGACUCCUUUUAUUUUACUUCUUUCUUCCCUUUAUUCGAUCUUUAAUUGUUCUAUAUAUUUCUUUUGCGUCUUUUGAUAUGGAUUUUCCUUUUUGUUUUUGCUAACGGAAAGAGGGAGAGAUGGAUGCUCCGUGACCAUGCACGUCUGUUAUCAGUUAGGUGUGUUCUUCUUCUUGUAAUCUUUAGCCUAGAAGAAUCAUAUUUGGUGUUUAAAAUAUCUUGUAUAUUAGGUGGAGAUAAUUUUAUUCUUUAUUAGGAAAAUAAGAGGUUUUGUUUUAUUUUGGAUGUUGAGGGAAGAAUUUCAAGGGAAAGCCAAUAUUGUGUGUGUGUGAAGAUAUUUUCCGUUACGUAAAAUAAAUAAAUUUUUAAUUAAUUGUACAUAA